CCGCGAUGAUACGACGACAAGUGGUACUAUAGCACCAAUCAUCUUGCAGCAACGACUGCCAACGAGGCGACAAGAAUCGAGAUCCGACAACAAUGAGGCAACAUGGAACGCCUUCUUCCAGUUAUGCGUUUCGGCUCAUCAUCGAUGGCUGCAACGGCCCGAUUCGGUUUCGGGAACACCAGCUGAGGCGAGUAGCGGCGCCGGGAGCGGAAGGAAACAGACACCAUCCAAAACCGGAGGAAAAACAGGAGGAAGAGCAAGAAACCUAUGACGAAGACGCGGACGGGAACCCAUCCGGAGCUUCCCCGGAAGGGGCCGAACACACAGGCAGCGAGGAAGACGGUGAGAUUCUUUCGUUUCUGUGCCCCGAGUCCAUCGCUGAGGGAUGGAAGUUUCUGCAACGCGAGCGAAAGUCGCAAACGGAUAAGAAGAAGAACCGAUCACACCGCGGAAAGAAACGGGCUAAGGGCAAACCCAAGGGGCACCGAAACACAGUAAAAACGAACUUAGGAUGCGUCGAAGGGGACAACAAAAACAACGAUUGCUGGCAUCAGAUGGAAUCUUCGAAUCGAAUGGACAUGGUGCCCCUCCUGCACAAAUUGUUGGAUUCUUCGUCGGGURGAGACUGCGACAGAAGUUGUUGCUUCGAAUCCGCAACAGUGAUCUUCGACGGGGUCUCUAUCACGAAACGGCCAUCGGUCCCCGGAGCCAAACAUGGCACAGGAGAAGACGACAACGACAAUGACCAGAGCGAAAUCCGAGAAGAACGAGUUUGGAACGUAUAUAGCAAUACCUCUGCCUCCCCGAGAAUUAAGGGGAAUGGAACCAACGGAAUCGACAAAAGCCCGCUCACGGUAGAGGUCACGGGGCUCUUCGACGAAGCGGACAACGUCAUCGUUGAUCGAAUCCAGGAAUGCGCAGCCGUCCGAGCCCAACGGAGAUGUGAAGAAKCAGGCGAAUCCUCCCCAAAUAGGAUUCGAAAUGUUGGGGCUUGCAACUCACGCAUCCACAUAAUCCGUCGGACGGACCGUGGAGCGGGUAAGAACAGAACGGCUUUCCGCCACCUUGGGCUACUACGGCCGGACAGCGUAGCCUGUGUCUUCGACCUGCUGUGCGCUGUUGAUAGCACCGGCAACAACGGCACCGUGGCAUCGGAGWCAAAAGAAAAGAACUACUCAAGCCUGUCUCAGUUUCACUCCCUCGCCCUAGACGGCGAUCGGACGCUCCGAUCGCUCCGGCAGAACAAUCCUGGAAACGUCUUUCUAUGCAUUGACGAGCCCCAGGAGGUCGAACACGAGGACGUAUUUGCUGAGGGUAGCAGCGAACGCAUCGGGGAAAUCGUCCUGCCGAUUGUGGCCACGGACGACAUCUUUUUGCGGCAACGGAUCGUAAAGGAGGGAGGAUACGUCAUGACCUUUCACCAGCUGUGGCUGUUGCUCCUGGAUGCAUGACGGUAGCAACAGCUUCAACCGUGAACAAAACGCAAGGCCUAGGCAGACGAAAACACAGUGCUUUUCCCCGGGGCAAUUGAUUCCGGAGAGCACUUCAAUAUAAAAAUGAAACUGGUAC